AUAAUUAGGUGAUUAGCGAAAUGGCUGUUAAUGUAUCUAUAUUGAUUUUGUUUAUGUGAGAAAUAAUAUUAGGUUAUAUUCUGUAUCAUAAAGCAACGUGUGUCAAUAAUGCAUGAUUAAGUAAUUAAAAAAUAUCGGCGUUAUCUUAUCAGUGCCGUUGCAGGCGGUGCACCACUUGAAGUUGUCUGCGGUUCACCGGCCACCUUAGGCGCGAGAUCCGUUGCCCGUGGAAACGGCAAAAGUUCAUCAGGGCGGGGCGGGGACGCAGGCAGCCCGCAGCAGCAGCAGCAGCCAGCAGCCGUCGGCGGCACGGGACACCACUCACCACAGUCACCAGUCACCACUCUGCUGCUCUCGUUGGCGGGUUGAGGUCGAGGCUGUUCGGCGCUACGCUCGAGGUCUGUGCAGCACAGAUCCUGACUACUUGGGCCAGCAAGACGUGGUGUUCCCCGGCGAAAGUUCAAAGAGAGGAGCUCACAGAAGACCAUCGGCGGGUCGCCAUCCGCCUGGACACAUGUCCUUCGGGUCCGCACCGGGUAGAGCGGACUAAUGAUCGGCUUGUAAAUUGUCACCGACGAUAUGGCCGACGAAGAUUUGCUCUUCGAUGAUGUAUACGAACUACUGGAAACCAUUGGGAAGGGACCAUUUAGUUUAGUAAAAAGAUGUGUGCAUCGUCAAACCGGAAAGCAAUUUGCUGUCAAAAUUGUCGAUGUUGCAAGUUUCACGUCAAGUCCGGGUUUAAGUACAUCAGAUUUAAAACGAGAAGCAACUAUAUGCCAUAUGCUGAAACACCAACAUAUCGUCGAGCUUUUGGAGACAUACAGCUCUGAAGGAUUGUUGUAUAUGGUUUUUGAAUAUAUGGAUGGUUCAGAUAUCUGUUUUGAAAUUGUACGUAGAGCAACUGCUGGUUUCAUUUAUAGUGAAGCUGUUGCCAGCCAUUACAUGAGACAGACUCUUGAUGCGAUCCGAUAUUGUCACGAAAACGAUAUCAUUCACAGAGAUAUCAAACCCCAUUGCGUUCUUUUAGCCACUAAAGAAAACUCGGCUCCAGUCAAGCUAGGAGGGUUCGGUGUGGCAAUACAGCUACAUGACGGUGCCUCUAUUAAUGGAGCAAAAAGUUUUGAUGAUUUAUCCCGACCCAAUUUGAGUGCCAAUGGACAGGUGUAUUUACAGUCAGACAGAGAGGUGCACAUUCCUAAGAUCUAUGAUAACUUACCGGAUUUGGAAAAAUUGGAAGUGGCUGAAUAUCAUCACGGGCGAAUUGGAACACCUCAUUUCAUGGCACCCGAAGUCGUAGAAAGACAGCAAUACGGAAAAGCUGGCGAUGUUUGGUCUGCUGGAGUUAUUUUACACAUAUUGCUUACGGGUUUGACGCCAUUUCUGGGAACCGGAGAUCGUCUGUACCAUAACAUAUGCAAAGCCAAAUUAAAUUUUAAUAGGCCCCACUGGGAAUCCAUCAGUGAAGCCGCCAAGGACUUGGUGUGUAAAAUGCUUUGUUUAGAUCCAAAGAAACGUCUUACUAUUGAAGAAGUACUUAACCAUCGGUGGCUAAGGGAAAGGGAUAAAAACGCUUCUAAAACACAUUUGGUAGAAACUGUGGAACAGUUAAAAAUAUACAACAGCCGUAGACGACUGCGUGGUGCUGUUAUGUCUGCUGUAUCGUCAUCACGAUGGACUUAUCAGUCUUCGUUAGACUCCAAUUCAAAUGCUGUUGAUCAGUUUUCUGAUUUUGGAGAUGACGAUACUACCAAUUCAGCCGUCGGGGUUAUCCUGAGCUCAUUAGAUGACAUUCAAUGUAUUCAAGAGGGACUUUCUGAUUCGCCACAAAUCGUGUUACCGCUAUUGGAGGACGAUCAGUUGUGUAAACUUUUGAAGCUUUACCAUUUUAUCAACUUAAGUAGAACUGAUGUGGACAAGAAACCUUCAAUGCCUGUAUCAGAAGAUUUAGUCAGCUUGACUCACGAUGUUUUAGAUAUUCUCACUACGUUACCUAAUCAUUCCAAAUCUGCAUACGAUAGUGUUCAGCUUCGAGACAUACUGACGAAACCGUUUAUGAAGUCGUUAAUGCAAACCCACGACGUGGCAGGCCACGAAAUUUUCGGCGAGGAAGCGGUUCGCGUGACGCCUCCGUUGGUUUUGCCUUAUCUGAAUGGCAACGGCGUUGACGAUGGUGAAAACGGUCUGGAAGAUGACGUUGAAUUGGAAAACGUCACCCGGGUCAGACUGGUACAGUUCCAGAAAAACACCGACGAACCAAUGGGAAUAACUUUAAAAUUGGACGAAAACGGCAAAUGUCUCGUGGCAAGGAUAAUGCACGGCGGAAUGAUCCACAGGCAAGCCACGUUACAUGUCGGCGACGAGAUCAGGGAAAUCAACGGUACAACUGUCGCCAACCAGUCGGUGGGAGCGCUUCAAAAACUCUUGAGAGAAGCGAGAGGGUCUGUCACUUUCAAAAUAGUGCCGUCGUACAGGAGCGCUCCACCACCGUGCGAGGUACAAUUGUUCAGGAUAAAACCAUUACCUGUGAUUAUAUAUGUCCGGGCUCAGUUCAGCUAUGACCCUCUUCAAGACGAUUUGAUACCGUGUGCCCAGGCCGGCGUCACAUUCAACAUCGGUGACAUAUUACAGGUCAUAAGCAAAGACGACCACCAGUGGUGGCAGGCGCGCAAAGAUAACAACCCAACCGGUUCGGCGGGUCUUAUACCUUCACCAGAACUCCAAGAAUGGCGGAUCACAUGCAAAGCCUUGGAGAAUUCUAAACACGAACAAGAAUCCAGUUGCUCGUCGCACGAAGGUUGUGAUGGUACCACCGUAAAUUGCUCAAUAUUUGGCCGCAAAAAGAAACUCAAGGACAAGUAUCUGGCCAAACACAACGCGGUAUUCGAUCACAUCGACUUGGCCACCUACGAAGAAGUGGUCAAACUGCCGUUUUUCCAACGCAAAACGUUAGUUCUCUUGGGCGCUCACGGUGUAGGCCGAAGACACAUCAAGAACACCAUCAUCCAAAAGCACCCAGACAAAUACGCUUAUCCCAUGGCUCACACGACUAGACCGCUGAAACCGGGCGAAGAAAACGGCAUCGCCUAUUACUUUGUUACUUACGACGAAAUGAUGACCGAUAUCAAUGCUCACGAAUACUUAGAAUACGGCACUCACGACGAUGCCAUGUACGGCACGAAGCUGGACACUAUCAGGAAGAUACAUCACGAUGGCAAGAUCGCCAUACUUGACGUCGAACCUCAAGCUUUAAAAAUAUUGCGAACGGCCGAGUUUGCGCCAUUGGUGGUUUUCAUCGCGGCUCCACCACAUCGAUCGCUCACCGAUUUUGACGGCAGUCUAGAAAAACUGGCCAACGAGUCGGAACUGUUGCGACGCGCCUACGAGCACCUGUUCGACAUCACCAUCGUCAAUGAAGACAUUGAAGAAACUAUCGAAGAAUUAGAAAGGGUUAUGGAUAGCGUACACAAAGACCCGCAAUGGGUGCCCGUAGCUUGGGUGUAUUAAAAUGUUUACAAAAAAAUAAUUUUCCGUUAAACGAACUUCAUAAUCUGAGAGCCACCUAAAAAACGUAACUGGUUCAUCUUAACGUAAUCGAAUGAAAAUCUUUUAACGGCCACACACUUGACUCGUAGAUCUGAUAAUUUUGUUACCAAAAUGAAUUUUUGGUUAAUAAUUUUCUUUUUGUUUAUACACGCCGUGCAUGUAUAAAUUAAACAAAAAAUUGUUAACUGUUAAGUGGUAACUAAUCGCAGAUCUCAGUAAAUAAUUAAGCGUAAAAGUGUAUUCGUGUAUUUUGUUUCUAACGAAAAAAAGGGAAUAAUAGUGUUGUUAAUUUAUAAUUUUCUCCCAUUUUGUUAGGUCUAUUUUUGGGUCCAAAAAACUAUUGUAAAACGUAUUUACCAAUAUGUGCGAGUGCCUAACACCAACAUUCCCAAAAUUACAUUUAUUACUGUUGUUUCAACAUUUGGAUUAUAUUAUUUAAACCAUGCUGUAAAACUAUAUAUAAUUUUUAUAGUUGAGUACAUUAUAUUAUAUAUUAUAAACGGAUUAUUUUAGUAAGUAAUAAAUUUGAUAAAAAAAAAAUAUUUAAAAGUUGAAAUCAUGAUAUAUUAAUUAUUGUAAUUACAAUUACUCAUUAUUAUUAUUAAUAUUAUUAUUAUAAUACUUGUUGACUUAUUGUAGUCACAAUUUUGUUGUUAUUAUUGUAUUGUUCGUAUGAGCAUUAUUUUCUUUAUAAUUUUAAUAUUAUAAAUUAUACAUAGUUACUCGAUUUGUUAGUGACUCGUUGUAGCUUCUAUUGAAGCAUUUAUAAAACUUAAAUAAUAAUCUGUACAGACA